AUGUUACUGCGGUUGGGCACUCAAGCCUUUACCGCUAGCACUUUCAUUCUGGCAUCUGUUGCCGCUGAUUGUAAUCCCCUCGCAGUGUCCCUUCCAUUCAAGAGCAAUGUCCUUUCCAAUCGAGUAGAAGUCCGGGGCAUACAAUUGAGGAUUGGCGGUCCGAGUGCGCAAACAAUCGCGCUGCUUCCCAGCGCUUCUCUUAAUGAUACAUACUUGUAUGGGGCGGCAAAUAGUCUGUGCAAACAACUCGUACCGAACAGCACUCCGCAGAAGUUUGUGAACUUCUCAAUCGAAGAAUGUACGACGUUCAGAGGUGGCCUAUAUGACAUAGAGUUGUCAGGGAGCAAAACUGUCGGUAUAUCCGAACAGCAUCCAUACGACAAUACCACGGCAACGUGGAUAGCUGAUGAUGUUACUAUAAUGAAUAUCAAAGACCAGGGUCUCGACCUUCCGCAGCUCGCAUUCGGUAUUCGUGCAGGGACGUCUCAUCCGUACGUGAACAAGGGUGAAUUAGGAUUGGGCAUAGAGUCUACAUUCCUGAGUACACUGGCAUCGCGAAACCAAAUCGCAUCAAAGACGUACUCAUUCUUCUGGGGCACCGACUCGACCAUAUCCGACAAACCACGUAAUGGCUCAUUAACGCUUGGAGGCUAUGAUGAGGCGCUCAUUGGUGACUCUCCAAACACCACCACAACCUUUACUCGCAAUAAUUGGAAGUGUCGCGAGGGUAUGGUCGUAGAAUUAACGGGGAUAGGGUUGAAUUCUGUGACCGGGACGGCCCAGCACGUGCUGAAGUCGGAGAGACUGCAAGCAUGUGUUGUUCCUACGCUUUCCAGUAUCUUGACGUUGCCCUACCAAUACUGGGUUAGGAUGCAUGAUAUAUUGGGCGUCGAACAGACACCAUUCAACAAUGGUUCCGCUGGUGAGCUACUCUAUGGAGUAGCCUCCGUGUAUCCGAAUACUGCGACUUUCAAGGGCAAUCUGUCCAUCUCUAUCAACGACGAGAUCACAGUCAAUAUUCCCAACGAGCUUUUCAUCGUCGACGAGCCGUACACGGUGAACAAUGGGCAGAUUAGACGGAGCACGGUCUGGAAGGAUAUUCCAGUAGUUAGCUACCUGGAUCUAGAGGAGAACAUGCCGCGCCUCGGAGGCAUGUUUUUAUCCUCUGCGUAUCUCAUGGUCGAUCACGAUAAGAACGAAUUUACCAUAGCGCCAGUGCAAGUACAACCCAUGGAACAGAAGUUGAUGGGCAUCGAUACUACAAACGCAUGCGUAGCUGCUGUAGAUGGCGCGGUAGUAACUGUGCCAGGCCCCUCACCGGAAAAGCCAUCAGAUGCUCACGGCAAGACUGCAAAUAGACUUUCAUCUGGAGCUAUAGCCGGUAUCUUCGUUGGUGUCCUAGCUCUAGUCUGCGUAUUGAUUGGUACUACGCUGUUUCUUCGGAGGCGGAGAUUGAGUCGUCACGAUGCGAACCCCCACGAGCUUCACAAACCAGUGCACAUGGGACACGUCGCUGAUCCACUGGUACCAGAGAAAUAUGGGAUGAACGCAACAGAAUUGCCAGCAGGGUCGUAUUCUAGCGAAAUGAGUGCUGAUGAGAGACAGCAUGCCUUGGAGCUAGAUGGUAUUAGUCGGCUGGUGGAAGUCCCGGCAAAUAGAUAUGAAGGGGAUAGACAUUGA